AUGGACGAAGACGACGACGAUCUCUAUGACCCUGCCGACUCGUUUCCGCCCCAGCAGGAAACCAACGGCCACGCGCAACAUGGAGGAAACGUGAAUGCGGACGAAUCCUACGAGCCUGAAGAAGAGGAAGAGGAAGAGGACGAUGCAAGUUUUCCAAACGAAAAACGCCAAGCUCCGGCGGAUGCGCCGUCAAACCUGGCACAUCUGCGACACGCUGCCGUUGCCAAUGAACCUCUUCGAUCUGCUUCAGCUGAUAUAAAGCCCCCCACUCCGUCGAUUCCUACACAACUCGAUACUGGUGCAGCGGCCCCUGUUCAAGGCAGACCAGUACCGACACUGAAAUCCGGCGCCGCAUACCCUGCCAUCCACACGUCCACGGUCGAUGUCGAUGCCGAUCCUAUUCAUCCGACUACCGGAAAACCAAUCACAUCAACAGACCUGGACACAGACUUUCCCUCAGAAGAAGACAAGCCGUGGAGGAGGCCCGGGUCAGACAUUACGGACUUUUUUAACUACGGGUUUGACGAGUUUACGUGGGCUAGCUACUGCCUCAAGCAGCAAGGUCUGCGCAACGAGGUCACUGACCAGAAAAAGCAGCUGGACGACAUGCAGAAUUUCAUGACGAUGGGGGGAAUGCCUGGGAUGCCAGGUGCUCCACAAGCUCCAGCUCCGCCAGCUCAAGGCGGAGGUCCUGGAGGGAUGCCUGGGAUGUCGGCCAUGCCGGCCAUGCCCGGUGUUCCAGACAUGUCUCCCGAUAUGAUGCAGGGAAUGCUUGCCAGUAUGAUGUCCCAAGGGCUGGACCCGUCGGCAAUGGAUCCAAUGGCUUUCAUGCAGCAUGCCCAGGCAAUGAUACAGCCCGGCGGGGGACAGCAGAACCAAGGUUAUGGAGGACAGGGGAACCAGCAGCAAAUGGGAUAUGGUGGUGGUUACAACCAACAGGGAGGAUACGGUGGAGGCAGAGGACGAGGGGGUGGACGCAGAUGGUGA